AUUGCGUUCGCCAGCUGGAUCUCUCUACUGUGGCAAUCGGAAGAGAAUGUCUUCGUUACUAUGGAAACGUCGUUGUUGAUUGUUGUGUGUUUUGGAUAUGGAUGGACGUAUGCAAUAAUGUGGUGGGGAUAUAGCCCUGCAUUAGACGUUUUAGAAGAAUAUGAAUCAGCGACGGAGUCGCCGCCGCCGUCGGAGGGGAGCGGCGGCGGGGACGGCGCGCUGGCCGCGCUGCUGGUGGGGUGCGGGGACGGGCGGCACCAGCUGCGCUCGCUGGCGCGGCGCUGGCGGCGCGGGCAGCGCGUGCGCGCGGCGCGCCUCACGUGGCACGUGGCCGAACCCACGCUGGAGCUGGCGGCGCGCCACCUGCUGCUGCAGAGC